GACACUCAUUCACUUCAGGUCAGGACUCCCAUUGGAGUAACCGGAGGAAAAACGUCCGGCUGUCUUCGGCAAAAACUCGCUGGAAAAAAGCAACGUGAAACCGUUCGGUUACACCUCUGGAAACAGCGAUUUUUAAAACCCCGGAGCCGGACAGCAGAUAAGAUCGGGGGAUCGAUUUAUUUCGGCGGACUGAUUGAUCACGGGGCUGUGUGUGUGUGUGUGUGUGUGUGUGUGUGUGUGUGUAUGUGUGUGUGUUUUCGUUUACACACUCUCUCAGUCACAGUCACAGGUUGCUAGCGGAGUUGACGCUAACCGAGCUAGCCAAGUUAGCUCACCCGUGGUUAGCUGUGUUUUCCCUUCACCCGGGACAAACAGCAGCCGGGGCUAAAGUUAAAAAAACCUGUCAGACAUUUUCCAGACAGUCUGCUCCAUGAUUCAGUCAUGAUGUGGUGUUUUUUCGGACGUUUAUCAAGUUGGCCGGCGGGUAGCAUCGGCUGACUAAAGCCUAACGUUAGUGCGAGUCCGACUCCGACCUGGAUUUUACUCCUGUGUGUUUUCCUCGUUUUUCUCCUGUGCUGGUUUUGGUUCUAGUUUUUUUUUUAAAGGUGGACUUUGCCCUCGGGGUGUUGUAACUCCCCCCACCACCACCAUCACCUCCAUAUUAAAUCAAAAGCCUCUAUUGAUUCUUCUGUUGGGAGUAUUUCAAAACUUGCCUGGAUUUUUUUUUUUUUUUUUUUUUGGAGGGGAGGUAAAAAGUUUUCGUGUUGGGAAGUUGAGGAGGAUUUUUCCGAGCCUGUGGAAAAAUGGAUGCGGGUAUAGAGAAGGAAUGCAGCGCCUUGGGAGGGCUAUUUCAGCUCAUCAUGAACGACAUGAAGGCCAGUUAUCCUACAUGGGAGGACUUCGUAUCCAAAGGAGCCAAGCUACAAUCACAGCUCAGGACAACCAUCGUGGUUACCGGAGCCUUCCUGGAUGCUUUUCAGAAGGUGGCAGACAUGGCAACCGGGACCAGAGGUGCCACAAAGGAGAUUGGCUCAGCGCUAACCAGGAUGUGCAUGAGACACCGCAGCAUUGAGUCCAAACUCAAACUGUUUACCACAGCUCUCUCAGAAAGCCUCAUCACUCCGCUGGAGCUGAAAAUGGAGGAGUGGAAAAAAGUGGCCAGUCAGCUGGACAAAGAUCACGCCAAAGAGUACAAGAAAGCCCGAGCAGACAUCAAGAAGAAAUCAUCAGACACCAUUAAACUGCAGAAGAAGGUGAAGAAAGGGAAGGACGAGGUGCGGGGCCAGCUGGACAGCGCGCUGCAGGACGUCAACGUGCGUUACGCCGUCCUGGAGGACACAGAGAAGCGAGCAGUCUGCAGGGCGCUGAUAGAGGAGAGGGCGCGCUACUGCAGCUUCGUCACCAUGCUGAAGCCUGUACUGGACCAUGAGAUCAACAUGCUGGGUGAGGUGACCCACCUGCAGACCAUUCUGGAAGAUCUGAUGAACCUGACAGCUGAGCCUAAUAAACUCCCACCAGCCAGCGAGCAGGUGAUUUCAGACCUGAAAGGUUCUGAUUUCAACUACACUUACCAGACACCUCCAGCUUCUCCAAGUAACACUCUGUCCAGGAAGAGCAGCAUCAGCAGUAAUUACCAGUCUGGAUCAGUGAGACACGUUCCCUCCUUGGACUCCAUCAGCUGUGCUGUGGAUGGAGUACACAUCCAGGAUGCAGGUGGCCCCUCCAAUCAGAUGGCUGCUGGAGGAAGUGGGGGGGCGGAGAAUGGCCUGUUGGCCCCCCCACACAACGCCUACACCCACCAUGGAGAGAGGAGUCGAGCCAUGUCUGCAUCUGGAAAGUCUUGCUCGGCCCGGGAUCAGCUGGCGUUGACUUUGGGCGCGUUGAAUUCGGACGCCCCGAGAAGCAGCAGGGACUCUCUGCACUGCUCCAGUGGCUACAGCACCCAAACCACCACCCCGUCCUGCUCUGAGGACACCAUACACACACACACUGUAAAGAGAGAUCCUCCCCUCUAUGUUGACUACGAGUCCAUCUCUCUCCACGGAGACGCUGACUCCAUCUCCUUACAUCACCUGUCCCACGGAAACAGCCAAUCAGACUUCGACAAGUCCUCGACCAUCCCGAGGAACUCCGACCUCGUUUUACAGUACAGGAAGUUUGCUCAGUCCAAACGCCCCGCCUCCACCGUCAGCCUCCUGGCCGAGCCUGAGUUGAUUGGUGGGUCUGUCCGCCAGCUGCCGUCCCAUACAGCGACCAUCAGGCGGAAACCGUCGUCCAAGCCGGCGUACCGCAGGGGUACAAUCAGCGGGGGGGUUCCCAUCCCCAUCUGCACCCCGCAGGUUCCCCUUAAAGCCCUCGGAGGAAACAGUGGAAGCGAUGAGAAUGUUUUCGCGGCGCCCCCUGCUGGAGGAGCGGGCGGUUUAGGCCACAGCAAACUCUGCACCUCCACGCAGAGCCUCAGUGCCUUACCCCCAUCCUCCUCCCCGUACUACCAGCUGGUCCCGGGGCAGAUGCCGAUCCCGGUGCCCGUACCCACCGUACCCUCCCUGCCACCAGAGGGCAGCACUGUCAAACAGCAACAACAGAGACAGUACCAGCAGAAUCUACAGCAGCAGCACAACCAGCAACUCCAGAUUCAGCAGCAGCAGCAAUAUUAUCAGCAACUACAACAACAGCAACAGCUUCAACAUAAACAGUCCCUGCCUCAGCAACCCCAGCAGCUGCUGCACCAACAGGACCAGUACCAGCAGCCAGACCAGCAUCAGCUGAACCAGCAGCAGAAACAGAAGCUGUUCCAGCAGCAGCACCAGACCCAGUUUCAGCCCUCUGCUUCCCAGGGAGAGCCCUCCUCCUCCUGGCCAGGCCACAGCACUCACUGCCAGCCCCAGGCUCCUCCACCCACGAGCCAGGCCCAGAACCAGGAGCAGCAGACCCAGGGUGGAGGAGAAGGAGGAGAAGGAGGAGGAGACAUGCUGAAACUCAUCAGAGGAGUAAAGCUCAAAAGGACCAUCACCAAUGAUCGCUCCGCCCCUCUCCUGCCCCCUCCGCCCAAUCACAAAUGAAGCUGAGUGACAUAUAGUUUUGCUUCCCUGCCUGUUAAAACUGUUCAGUGUAACAGGUUUGGCACCAGAGUGUGACAGCACAGACACUACAGAGCAAAACCAAACACAUGGACUCUGUGAACACACAGAUUAAUCGCUGGAACUCGACGUGUGUCUUCUUUUACUUUCUGCUUCCUUCUAGGCCAUUUAGAUUUCUGUUUUUAAAAUUCUUGAUAUUUUGUUGUUGUUGUUGCUGCAGCGACCGUCGUUUGCCUUUUUUUCGUUUGUUUUUGUUUGCAUUUUGAAUGUGCAUAAAGUUUUUGUUUGACAUAGUCUUACCAAAUAGAGCUGUUGAUUGUUUUAGUUAGUGAACACUUCCUGGUCAGAUGAUUGUUACGUGGCCAGACAGGAGGAAGAUGUUAAUGUCUCAGAUCCUCUUCAGUCCUGGGUGUAUUUGAUUUGCCUUUUGCCCUAAGAGCUCCCAGGAGGGUUUAGUAAUUAGUCCAGUAGCUCCACUGCGUCACGUGGUUGAACCACUGGUGUGGAGGUUUUAAUGUGCUGGCUGUGGGUCAGUGCUGGUCCAGCAGAGUAUCUGAACAGCAAGUGACGGUUCAGUCGGCACAGAUUGUUUCGUUCGGCCCUCAUCUCACAGAGUCAGCGAACAUGACGCUUCUGACUCUGGAGUAAAACACCAAUUGUGUCUGUAGAUUGUAAAUAUGUUGGAACAAAAAAGCUCUGGGAACACACCGGGAAAGGUUGAAUGUUUUACUUAACAGGACGUUCAACUUGCGAUGAGUCUAAAAAAUGUUUUCUCACCUUUGAAUGGCAACAGUUUCCGCUCUUUAGACCGAGCUGCUGUUUGUGGAAAAGGAUUAAAUAUGUUACCUUGGGCAAAUGUCUGGUUUACUGUGUAAAUAAUUAUCUGGUUAACACGAGGAGUAAUAAUAAGAAGAAGAAGGAGGAGGAGGAGAAGGAGGCUCUGAAUUGUUUGCAACUUUUAGAGGCAACACUGAUGUUUUAGGAGAAGCAAAUCAGCAUCAACAGAUUACAUUUUACCGAGAAUAUCACUGACUACGAAUCUGUGAUGGUUUGAAGAUGUUUAGCAGCAGUUAAAGGGGACACGCCACCAUGCUGAAGGACUUGAUUGAACCCUAGAUGUCAGUUAAUGUAAUAACUAAAAUCUGAAUACACAACAGGCUGAUAAUGAGAACGAUAACAGGCAAUAUUUUUGUUUUAACAUUAAAAAUAAUUGAUGAUAUAAUAAGGAACUGUUAAAUUACAUUUUUAAGAAUUGUGACAAACAUAUGUACAGAGUGGACAAACUAUAUAAUGGAGACACAUGUUUAGUACAGAUGUAAAACAAUACUCCAAAAUACCAACAUAAUAAUUCAGAACUGAAACAAUAAAUUGGUCUGCAGAAAAUUAAUCAGCAAAUAUUUUUUUCAGUUAACCAAUUUGAGUCAUUUGUUAAGUAAAAAGCUCAAUAUUCUCUGGUUUCAGCUUCUGAAACAUGAUGAUUUGAUGCUUUUCUCUGUCACACGUGACUGACUUUAUACGGUAUUUUGGGGUUUCAUCCUGUUGAUCAGACAGAACAAGAUAUUUGAAGACAUCACUUUGGGCUGUAGGGAGUUAGAACAGGCACUUUUCACUAUUUUCUGAUAUUUUAUAGACAAAAGAAACAUGUAAUUGAUAAUGAAAAUAAUUGUUAGUUGCAGCCCUGUCAUUAAUACACUACAUCACAGUGUAAAUCUGGGAAUAUUUAUGACAUUAAAGUUGCACUUAAUGAUGUCUGACUUCUGUCAACUGUUGUAAAUCACCAGUAUAAUUAUUAAUGACACCAGAGAUGUUUGCUAAUUGCAGAUAUAUCUGUAUCUGUGUGUAAAUAAUGACAAAUGCCACAUGUUCCAUUACACAGCUUGUCCACCAGAGAGCAAAUUGCUUAUUUUUAUAUUGUAAAACGUCACAAUUCUUUAAUAAUUAAAUUUAAGGUCUUCUUAUCAGAAAGUUUGUGUGACAUGUUUAUGAUAAAAAAAAUAAUGUCCCUAUUUUUUUAAAACUCUGAUAUCAUUACAGUAUUGCCCACAAACACAUGCUAAGACUGAUUUAAAAAUGUCUAUGAGUCUUUGAAUUACAUAUAUGUUAAUAAGUUUGCUCUAAUUACUUAAUAAAUGUUAUUUUAAAUUUAUGACUGUGAUGAUUUUAGGACAUGAGGUAGCUAAUGUAACUCACUUGAGGGUUGUAACUUAAUUGUUUCACUAUCAUUAUCAUUAUCUGCCAGUUAUUUCUCAGUUAAUUUACUGUUAACAUUAGAAAAAUGAGAUAAAACAGCUCUGUUGAAACAGAAAUGAUAACUGGAUUGACUGAGGAAAGUGACUUUUAGGAUCUUACAAAAACACUGUGAGAAUGUCCAUGUUUAAAUUCAGCUCCCCUCACUGAAGAGUCACUGAAAUUCUGUACAGUCAGUAUUUGAACAUCAAACUAAGCACAUUUGUUGUAUUUGACUUAGAUUUCUAACAUUAUAUUAAACCAUAUUUAUCUGCAGAGUUUAGGUUGGGCUCCUGUAGCUGGUUCUAUUUUGAAUCCUGAUCCAAACCGGUGAAGGUCCUCUCAGACCACAUGCUAUCUACAUCACUGCUCCCGUCAUAUUUUUAACAAUCAAAUAGGUCUGGUGUUGCACCUGUUUAUCACUUUUUCACUGGUUGGAUAAACAAGCAAGUUUGUCAGAAAAUAUGGACGUUGUUUUCCGUUGUGUGGAUUAGAUAGACGCAGCUUUAUCGGUUCUCAUAAAUGACGUAGAUGGAUUUGUCAGUCACUACCAAACAUGAACAUGAUUUCAGACUGAACAUUGAAGGGAGUGGAUUCACAUUAGAGUAAAUUACUAAACUGUUGAUCAACGUCACUUCUGUUGCCUCUAAAAGCUGCCAAUUAGGAAGGCAAAGCUGUAGCCACCAUUAAAGAUUGAGGUCAUGUCUGUGAUUAAUGUUUAGGAGAAUCUGGGUGGUUAAAUGCUAUGAAGUGUAAUGUCUUUAUCAUUGAUUAAUCCUCUAAACAUUUGAUCUAUAAAAUAUCAGAAAGUGGUAAAACAUGCUGAUGAUAACGUCUUCAAAUGUCUUGUUUUGUCUCCAGCCCAAAACCAAUAUAUGUUCAGUUUACAAUCACAGACUGAAAAAAUUGUCAGAUAUUUUCUUUUAAAAAGCUAAAAUCCUGUCAACUUUUUGUUUAAAAAUGUCUUAAAUUGUAAAUGGAUUAUCAAAGCUGUUUUAAGAUAUUUCUGAUAUACUUUUACACCAAAUAUAGUAGAAUUUGACUUAAACUAAAAGUAAAAUAAAAGACCACCAGAAUUACAUACCUGAGGGCGUAAUAAGAACAUUUACAGACACAAUACUGCAAUAGUUACUUCUUUUUUUUUUUCUAAAAUACUCAAAAAAUUGAAUAGAGUUUGGUUGGUGGCUCAUCAAACAUUUCCUCAGUGUGUGGGUUUCUGCUGUGGAAAUUUAGACUUGUGACCUCAGUGUUUCUUAAAUCCUGACUACAGCCCUGCUGGGGAAGCUGCCUGGCAGAGACCAGCUGCAUGCUGGGAAAUGCAUUCAAGUCUCUCGUCAGGUGGCCCUGGUCUGCUCUCAGAGAAAACUUUUCUGUGUAUUUUGGGAUUUACUGCAGGUAAUUAAAGUGUUUAUACUGUUGACGAGACAGAAAAGAUGCCUUCUAAACAGUCUUAGAGCAUAUGAUAUUAAUCUGAUUGAUAGAUUGAUUGAUUGAUUUGAGCCUCAGCAGCAGUUAUGUGUGUAUAUAUUCAUGUUUUAUCCUUGGGAGAGACCUGAAUCUAUAUAUAAAAUGUAUGUAAACAUAUCCUGAUUGUAUUUUUGUUGAUUUAUUGAUCAGACGACGUGAUCAGAUCUGAUGCCGCCGCUGAUGGUCAUCACUCGUCAUAUUUUUGUAGAAAAGCUUUAAAAGGAAAAGGAAACUGACCCAGUGAACUUUAUGACAUUUGAGGAUCUGAAACCUUAUUGGAUGCCUGACCAUCAAGAAGCAGGAAAAGGACUAAAUGGAUGACAUGAACCAACAGAAUGUAGAAAUGUUUUGUUCUUCAUCUUUUGACCUUCGCUGUUGGAUCAAUAAUAAUGAUAAUAAUAAUAAUAACUGAUUCACCAA